CUGCUCUCUCCCGGCAGGAAGGAAGAUGGUGUCUGUCAGGAUGCGAUCGUGUGUGUUGUCGGUUUUGCUGCUGAACGUUUUCUACAGCGUCGUGUCCUCGUUGUACUUUCACAUCGGAGAGACCGAGAAGAAGUGUUUCAUAGAGGAGAUCCCGGACGAGACGAUGAUUAUCGGUAACUACCGUACUCAGCUGUACGAUAAACAGAGAGAAGAGUACAUGCCGGCCACUCAGGGUCUGGGGAUGUUUGUGGAAGUCAAAGAUCCUGAUGAAAAGGUGAUCCUGUCUCGACAGUACGGCUCAGAGGGGAGGUUCACCUUCACGUCUCACACACCUGGAGAGCAUCAGAUCUGUCUGCACUCCAACUCCUCCAAGUUCGCCUUGUUCGCCGGAGGCAUGCUGAGGGUUCACCUGGACAUCCAGGUGGGAGAACACGCCAACAACUACGCUGAGAUCGCUGCCAAAGACAAGCUGACGGAGCUGCAGCUGAGAGUGAGACAGCUGGUGGAGCAGGUGGACCAGAUCCAGAAGGAGCAGAACUACCAGAGGUACCGCGAGGAGCGUUUCCGUCUGACCAGCGAGAGCACCAACCAGCGGGUCCUCUGGUGGUCCAUCGUCCAGACCCUCAUCCUGGUGGCCAUCGGCAUCUGGCAGAUGAGACACCUCAAGAGCUUCUUCGAGGCCAAGAAGCUGGUGUAGAGUGCGCGUGUGUGUGUGUGUGUGUGUGUGUGUGUGUGUGUGUGUGUGUGUGUGUGUGUGUGUGUGUGUGUGUGUGUGUGUGUUUGGUCUCUGCUGAUUGGCGGCGGUCGCUGCUGCUGUCGGAGGAUAAACUGCAGAGGAGACGGAGAGAGAAGCAGCUGAAAGGUUCGGCCUGAAAACGCCAUCUUUGUUUUACUGUUGAUGUUCUGUUUGUUUGUAACGAGCUCGUCACCUCUGCAGCAGACCGUCAGACCGUCGGGGGGGAAAUGUGACAACUGUAUUUAUUACACAAAGAGCUUUUCAUUCUGCUUUCUGUCCACGUCCAUCAGGCCGAUAGUCGUGUGUUUCUGUGGUUUAUUUUUAUUUUAAAUGACUUCGUCUUCCUCCGUCUCCUGCCUCACUGUGAUGAGGUCAUGAUGAGGUCAUGAUGUGUUACUGGCCACUAGAGAUGUCGUUCAGCGUGUUUUCGAUGACGUUAAACAAAAAUGCAGAAAUUAUAAUCUGGAUUCAUGUGUGUAAACUAAGUUUGUGAAACGUUUUCUUAAAUGUGGAGAUUCUGCAAACAAAAGUCAAAUAUUGACAUCGAGGAUGUUACGGCGCUGUUGUUGUUGUUGUCGUCUCUCGCUUCAACACAAACGAUGGUCAACAAGCUGCACUCAACAACUAAACAUCUUCAAUUUCAGACUUUAAAGAGACAGCAGUGAUGUUUAGAGGUGUUUGCAUGAAGUUCUGCUCCAGUCAGAGGAGUAAAGUGAUGUUCUGCUGUGGACGUAUUUUAGACUCCUAAAAGAAUCUGUAUCAGUUUACAUGAAUACUUAAUUUAGAACACUUUCACCUCUUUACUCUGCAGUCAGACAGACUGAUGUUAUCUAUUCUCUCUUUAAACACACCAGACUCCAUUCAUAAAACAGUGAUUUUAGCUCCACGCACUCAUGAGUUGCUGCUCUACUGCUGCCUCCAUCUGUUAGUGUGUUUGAGUUUGUUCACUAAAGUCUCUCAUCAACACAAACACAGUAUCCGAUGCAGGCAGCAGUAGAGCAGCAACUGGUGUGUUCUGAGAGGUAGAAUCAGUGCUUUAUGGAGUCUGGUGUGUUUAAAGAGAGAAUAGAUAACGUAAGUCUGUCUGACAGCAG